CCACUUCGUCUGGUCGGAGUGGCUUUUGCUUUUGUUUAGAAUAUGUUUAAUUUAUUUAUUUCUGCAAGUUACAAAAUCAUGAUCUUAUUGAUAUUGUUCUUCAUCUUCUUCAUCUCGUUGGCUUGCAGGUUCUGCUAGCAAAAUCAUGAUCUUGUUUUCCAUUAGGAGUUAAAGAAUUUUUUUCUUGUUUUUGUUUGUAUAAAAAAGAUCAAUUAUCUUCACCCAGAAGAAGCUCCUGGUAGCUGAUACUGCUUCUAUCGGAGUAGCCAAUCGAAAUCUACAGGAUCAGCCAUGGGUAACGGGGACGCACUGGAUUUGCGCGUACGAUUCAUAGUGGAAGCGCUGAGCACUGACAAUGUUAAAGUGGUGUGUCUUGUUGGGAAACCAGGAAUAGGGAAAACAUGGAUGGCAAAAAAGGUUCGUCAUACUGUAAAGCAAGAAGGUCAGCUUGAUUUAUGUUUUUGGCUAUCUAUGAGCAGAAAACAUGACAAGGAAUCUCCGCUUGAGAGGAUUGCUGCUCAGUUGCCUAUAUGUCUUCCAACUGAGGAGUGGGAUGCGGAUGACGAUGGUGAUGACGAUGAGGACGAGGAGAUGCAGACAGAAGCUAAUCUGAAACAGAAAAUAUCAGCAGCUAUUGAUAACAAGAGGUGUCUUCUAAUCUUGGAUGGAUUUUGUAAGGGAGUGGAAGUAUAUGAAACUGUAUCAGAAUUUGAAUCGCUGGUUCCUGAUUUUAAUCAGCCUUCAUUUAAAGUCUUGGUGACCACCAUAGUUUACUCUGAAAAUCUUAUUGGUCCUUACUUGAAGGUGGUAGAGAUGGAACCCUUGUCUGCAGCAGAGACCUUCACUCUUUUGCAAAAACAACUCGGAGAUCCAGAUUUUAAACUACUAUUUGAAGAUAUCUACAAGGAAAGCGAGGGUGCUCCUGCUAAAAUUGAGGCUAUGGCAGAAGCAUUAAAUUACAUCACAAAAUAUAAACAUCAGGCUAUUAGAGAAGAGUUAGUAGUAGACUCAGCAACUACUAAUGCCUCCCGCAUUAUAUCUUGCUUUCUCCGAAUUGCACAUGCAAUUAUGCCAACCAAUGAUCUAAUUCAUUGUUUCUGGCACAGCUGGCAGUACAUUCACAUGAAUGGUUCUGUUAAUUUCACUCAAUUGAUAGCCCACUGGAUUAUGAAAGGUUCUCUUGGUGGUAUUAAUUGUAUUGAGGAUGCUUUUAAGAAGGGUUACUCUUUUCUCAUGGACCUUCUAAGUCUAGGCUUUCUCAGACAUGUGGAGUCCAACUGUGUUGUAAUGGUGGGAUGUGCAAUGAAACUGCCUUGUUGGUGGAUACGAGGUUUAGAAGAUUAUCUGAUUUAUGAAAAGAACAGAGAUGGAGGACAUUAUUCAGGUACGGAUUUCCAAAGAUUUAUAGAUACCGAGAGCUGUCCAAUGAUUCCUGCUUUGGAGGAUAAAAUGUGGGAAGGAUUUGGGGACAUUGCAUUGAUUGAUGGUGUAAUAAGAACGGUUGGAUAUAGUAGCAAAUCAGAGAAAAUCUCAACAUUAUUGCUUGACAGUAAUCGUCUAGGCAAGGAAGUCCCAGAUGCAUUCUUUCAUACCCUGAAUGGUAUUAAUGUUCUUGGCAUCUUCAAUCCUAUGCUCAAAUCUCUACCAGCAUCCUUCUUGCACAUGCAAGAGCUUACAAUGCUUAUCUUAAGGGGCUGUGAGUUUCUGGAGGCGAUUGAUCAGAUAAAAGGACUCAAAUCAUUAGUUACUCUCGAGAUAUCUGGUGCUACAUCAUUGACGACAAUUCCAGAUGAUUUCUUCCAGCAUAUGCUUCAUCUCCAAAGUCUCAACUUCUCUGGAGUGCGGGUUGAAAGGUUACCUAUUUCUAUUUCCAGUUUAACUGAAUUACGCUGGCUUAUCUUGAGACGAUGUCGCCACCUGAAAAUGCUUUCACGACUCAGUGAAUUGAAAAAGCUUGAGGUCAUUGACCUUAAUGGUGCUUCAUGUUUUGAAAGAUUCUACGACAGAACCUUUUCUCAAUUCCAAAAACUCAGGAUCCUUGAUGUUUCUCAUUCGCAGAUUGAUCGCCUACCAAUUCUAUCUGGCCUCGCAGAGCUAACACAACUUGUAUUGAGAAAUUGUAAAUCCUUAACUAGACUUCCAAGGCUAGAAGGGCUUUCUAAUCUCCAAGUUCUUGAUCUUUCUGGUGCUGUCCGUUUAAGGGAGAUCUAUGAUGACAUUUCACCUAGUCUCAAAGUUCUUGAUUUAUCUGAAACUGAUUUGCGUGUCUUACCUUCUAUCACUCGCAACCUUUCUCAUAUUGUGGUAAGAAAUUGUACUGCACUGACAAAGCUGCCAAGUACAAAAGCUUGUAAAGACCUUGAAUUACUUGAUUUCUCUGGUUCCUUUAAUGUAGUUGAAAUUGAAGAUCAAUCCUUUCGACAUUUGUGGUGCCUUCGUUGCCUAAACCUCUCAAAUACCAAAGUUCGGUCUUUACCAUCACUCUCCCACCUUCCUAACCUUCACACUAUCAUUUUAAGGGAUUGCAAAUUCUUAGAACAUCUGCCAAUAAUGGAAGGGCUUGCAAGGCUCGAGGUACUUGACCUCACUAAUGCACGUUCUCUGACAGGUUUUGACUUUAGGCAGUUCCCCAACAUGCGCAGACUUAUCCUACGUGGUUGUUCCUCCCUUAGCCGGUUGCCAGCUGUCCCCAAAAAUCUGGAAGCGAUUGAUCUUUCUGGUUGCACUGAGUUGUCAUUACAUGGUGAGUAUUCCAAUACUCUUUUGGGUUUGUCUCAACUUCGGAUACUCAGACUUUGUGGAAUUCGGGAUGUUUACUUUCCCAUUAUAGGGUCUCUAUCAAAUCUUGAGGAGCUCAAUAUUUCUAAUCUAAGACAUCCUCCUGGAGGACUUCAUUCGAUGAGUGAUUUACUUAAUUAUAUGAGGAACCUUCGGAUUCUCAACCUGUCUAAAACUCCUAUUUACAUAGAUAUCUUCUUCCUAAGUAACUUAACCCAGUUGUCAUUGAGAGGGUGGUCACGCAUGGAAGACAUGUCAGGCUUGGAAAAGCUUACGAGGCUUGAAGUUCUUGAUCUUUCAGAAACACCAGUCAAACACCUUCCUUCCUUGAACUUCUUUUGCAACCUCUGCAGGCUAUUGCUAAGAGAUUGUUGGUGCCUGAAGAAGCUGCAGCAUUUGGAAUCACUUAGUCACUUGGAGGUUCUUGAUCUAAGGGGUACUGGGAUAAAAGAAUUUCCAUAUGAGAUCUCAGAGUUGCCUUGCCUUAAACAACUUUAUCUCCCCCUCCUGAAGGAUACUGAAGAAAUUAAUUGGAGGAGGAUAAAGCGCCUACCAGAGGAACUAAAUUGGGUUGAUUGUGGCAUCUUUGGGGCGGCAAAAAUAUUUCCAUUGAGUGCAAAUAAUCUCCACAUAAUGGUUCGUGGCAGGAAGUUUUUCAAAAUGUUGGACAACAAUCCCAAUGUUAUGGGAUGCAUACAUCAAGCAAUUUCAUUUUUCUGUUUUACCUCCAAUAAAGCAUGGUGAAGAUGGAGAUUUCUUUAGCCACAGAGAUGAAGCCAAAUUUAGUGAUAUUUACACAAGGACCAGAUGUUUUCCUAGUUACUCGGAAAUCCACAGGCAGUCUUUGGAAAAUUCGGUCUUGCAGUCCUUUCCUCGGUCUGGAGGGUGUUCUCAGGCGUGCUCAAUAUAUAUGUUUGCGAGAUAAUGCAAAUAUCAGUUGGUUAUCUGAAUUAGGUGCAAACAAUAUCAGCGCAAUGAGAGGCUGUUGCAUGGAGAGAUGCAGCAACGUGGAGAGUGUUUUCAGUAGAGAAGAGGAAGCCAUUGGAGUGUCAAACAAACUUGAGAUUCUGCAGAUUCUUAACCUCCCUAAUUUGAAGAGUAUAUUCAACAAGAAUUUGCAAAUUGAGAGAUUCAGUAAUCUUAAGCAUCUGUAUCUAGAAUGUUGUCCACUACUGGAAAUUGUUUUCUCCUUGUCCCGACAACCAAUGAAUCUUCAGACUCUUGAGAUUAGGUUUUGUGAUAAUCUCAAACGUGUUUUUGAGUUUGAUGGAACAACCGUGCCUGCAAUGAAAUAUCUAAGGACUCUGCAUUUGUUUGAGCUGCCGGAGUUGAAAAGCAUCGGAGCUGCAUUGCCUUCUCUUGAAAGAUUAACAGGGGGAGAAUGCCCAAAACUUGAUGAAUUUUUUACGUGCUUCUUUCUUUUUGUUCGGUCAAUACAAAACUGGAUUAUGACCAAGAGUUCUGGAGUUGAGGAACAAUCUGAUGACAGUCAGGCAUGUCUUGGGUUGCCAAAGCUCCCUCCCCGUAGAAAACACAUGGCCUCUCAGAAGUGAACAAAUGAAAUUACUGAGCAAAUGAAAUUACACAUGAAUGAAGGCUUCCAGAACUUUGAAAAAUAACUCCAGGAAAUAAUUUUCUCCAACAAGUGGUAUAAGAGCUCGAGUUUGAACACGGAUUAGUGAGAGAAAGUUAGAAGAAGUUGAAAAGUCACAAUCAGAUCUGUGAAGAACCUAUUCGGCCGGACUUGUACAACCAAACAGUCUCUGGCGGGUUUCCGACGAAGAAGACGAAGUGCGACCAUAUCAAAUCCGAUCUGUGUGUUUCUUGCAUGCCGGCGGCGGAAGAAGCUCGAUUUCUAUCAUGGUGCAGGACGAUUUCUUCAGCGUGGCCAGAGCAGAACAUUCAUAUCGAGAAGAGGAACCGCAUGGCUCGGAGAAGACAACCGAUCCACGGCCACCAGAAGAAAAAAUCAACUUCGCGUGAGGAGGGUCGGAGAAGAGAAACCGAAGGUGGAUCGGCAACAUUUGGUCUCGUCUGUGCAUGAAAUUAGAAGAUCUGGAGAGAGAUGGAGCGACAGAAGAUCGUUGGAGAAGAACAAGAUGCGCGACGGCCUGUCUUGCGUGACGGUGAUUUCCGGUGUCCCUCGAUGCGAUCUCACCAGAUCAGUGUUGGGUUUGGAAUCGUUCGCAUUUUCUAUGGUUUUUUAGUCAUUUUCGGCUGCGAUGAGCGGCAAACAGCGGCGGUGCGUGAUAUCCCCGGGGGCUUCGUGUGUGAUGACGUGUGGAGGAGCGCAUGGCGGCGUGUAACGGCACGCAACGGCUCGUGUCGGAGCUCCAGUGGUUACGUGUGAUGGUUUUCUGUGCAGUAGUGACUCCAUAUGAGUGGUUUUUUGUUUUCUAAUAGUGUUAUUUCUCUCAGUUUGGUUUUUGGUGCACAGUAUAGGGAUUCAAGAUGACAUCCACAAAGUAAAAGAUAGAGAAGUUUGAUGGUGGUAUGAGUUUUAUUCUGCUGAAGAUUAAAAAAAGAUCGUAUCUGGUUUUACAAGAUAUAUGGGGGGCAAUUGAAGAAAGAUAUCCUGAGAGUAUGAGAGACUCGGAAAAGAUAAAUAUGCAGGAUAGAGCCGUAUGUGCAAUUUUUAUGAGCAUGAAUGACAAUGUUCUACGAGAAGUUAUUGAAGAGCAUUCGGCUUCAACUGCGUGGAAGAAACUGGAAGGGUUGUACUCUAUAAAAUCACUGACGAAUCGUCUUUAUUUGAAGAUAAGGUUGUACAAUCUAAGAAUGAGUGAAGGUAAUUUGUCUGCACCCAGUUAACUUGUUUCGUUCUACAGGUACUAUGACGCUUUGUUUUUUUUUUUUAAAUGAUGAGAAGCGGACCUAUCGUUUCUACUGCUUUGGAGCUGUCUAUUUUCUUGUUUUUGGUGCUGGUUUUGUCAUCACGUUGCUACUUCAUGAAGAAUAUGCUCUGGUUUGCUGAAUUGUGAAAGUGAUUUUUAUGAGGCGUUGGGUGGUUAUCCUGCAGUUUAAAGGUUGGAAGAAUUCGGCUAGCUAGCUAACAGGUGGUUGCUGCUGUUAUGUGUUGGGGACUCAAGUCUGUUUCAUCUUGAAGCUUUAAUUUUUUUUGAGUUUGUCUGGGAUAUGAGGAAAUUGUGAAUUUUCAGCGUGUACAAAAAAUCCUUGGAGGAUGAAGGAAGAAGCAGAUUGGCUGUUGAAAUGUAAUUUUUUCAUUGGUUUUCUCUGAUGGUAAAGUUGCUGGUAGGUCAGAGUUUGUGUUUGUGGCUGUUGUGGAUUUGGUUUUUAUGAUCUUCGCAGUGGAUGUAAGAUUGAGUAACAUGUUGAUAAGAUUUCAAGUGAAAAUUGCUUGUUUGAUUUAAGCUCAAGCUUUUUUACAUAAAAGAUGAGAUGAUUAUAUAGUCUGGUG